AUGGACGGUUUUGGAACGUGUACAGCCUCCCCGUGGUCACCUCCAUUUGCGACAGAUCCCUACCUUCCAGCCCUCCUGGAAUUAAGGGCUCCCUCGGGUCACAUAUCACCCACCGUGGGCUCCACAAGUGAUGGCGCCUUGGCAUUUGGCUCAACUGACCUCUACACUGUGUCAGUUGUUGCUGUCAUCCUUGGGGCUGCAGUGGUCACCACGAUUUGCACCGUCUUGGUUUGCAUUUUUAGACGUCGUCGGAAGCCCAAGCUCUUGGCGCGGCCGACCAAUCUGGAUCAGAGUCUGAAGCAGCCUCUGAUGAAUGUGGCUGACGGUGUGGCGUCUUCGCAGGCACCAGCCGGAGCCUUUUACAACUGCGCUCCACCAAUCACGGGAACAAUUUGUGCCAACAAUGGGGCGCUUUCGAUGUCUCCACCUGGUUACACACAGCUCAUUGGGAUGCCUCCAACUUGUGUGACCUAUCAUAAUGCCACUCAGGAUCCCACAGCCUCCACGCAUGUCAACAGUUUUCCACGGAGUAGUUAUCCCUAUCGCUCCGACUCGUCCUCGGGCCUGUCUGGUGGCGGCGGUGGUGGUAGCGGCACUCGACCACCCAUGGGAGCUCUCUUUCCCUCCGUGAGCGAGGACAACAAAGGCGAUCUGAUGGACGGAAGUAGCGUCUCUUGCAGCGUCUAUCCCACCUCCCCACGUCUCAACGGGGGUCUCUCACGACUGGGAGGCGGUGGUCCCUACAACACCUUCAAUCGUCACAUGCUAGCCUCGAAAAUCGCAUCUCUUGGCGAUGGCUCCAGCCGAGGUCUCUUCGCCAAUGAUGCUGCCACUGCGGAGGAUGCCAACAGUGUGGAACUGCAGCACCUCUUUUAUGGAAACAGUGCACAAACCGACCCAUCAUUCAAUCUUUGCGUUGGAAUCAAACAUCUCAUUGAUCUUCUUGAUCUUGUCACACAGAUGGAGCCAGAUCACCGGGCGUCGGCAUUCUUAUCCAAAUUGGAGGAUGAUAAUCUCGUUUAG